GAAUAUUGAAUCCUGAAGGAGAGAAAGCGAAAGAGAGACGAAGAUGUGGAUGCCGAAAAACAAUAACGUGGGAGUCAAGGAAGGAGGAUCAAGCGGAAUUGUAGCUGUUGCAAUAGAUAAAGACAAAAGCAGCCAACACGCUCUUAAAUGGGCUGUUGAUCAUUUGUUGCAGCGAGGCCAAUCCGUCAUUCUCGUCCACGUCAAGCUUCGACCUUCUCCAUUGAAUAAUAGCCCUUCUCUUCAUGCUUCUUCUGCAAAGCUGAGCCAAGAUUCUUCAUUGGUAUGUAGAGAUCCAGAAGGCAUUUCCAAGGAGUUAUUCCUUCCUUUUCGUUGCUUUUGCACCCGCAAAGAUAUUCAAUGCCAAGAUGUGUUGCUUGAGGAGUCCGAUGUUGCCAAAGCAUUGGUCGAAUACGUAAACCAAGCCGCCAUUGAGGUUUUAGUAGUUGGUUCCUCCAGCAAAGGUGGUUUUCUCAGGUUCAACAAGCCUACAGAUAUUCCAGGCAACAUAACAAAAAACGCGCCUGAUUUCUGCACGGUUUAUAUCAUCUCCAAAGGAAAGAUUCAAACAAUGAGAUCAGCUUCUCGUUCUGCACCCAUGACUGCUCCUCUACGCAGUCCAGUUCAACCACCUAGCUUAAAGCCUCCUCAACCUAUGCCUUCUACAUCUGCUAAUAGUAUGCGAGCUGAGAGACGUUCUUUUGAGUCUAACCAACGAAGGUCUGUCGAAGAUCAACAACGUAGGUCUAUGGAGGAUCAACAACGUAGGUCAAUGGAGGAUCAAUCAGAGUCCUUCAGAUCUCCUUUUACAAGAAGAGGCAAUGGGAAAUCAUACGGAGAUCUGUCUGUUCCGGAAUCAGACAUAUCCUUUAUUAGUUCUGGAAGACCAAGCAUUGACCGUAUCUUCCCUUCUUUAUAUGACAACAAUGAUCCAAACAGAACUCCUCAUAGACUUUCAAAUUUCUCAGACAUGGACAAUAGUUCUAUCCUUGAUCAGUCUUCCAACUAUGGAAGGAGAUCAGUGGAUAUGAACUCACCUACUGAUUACUCAACAGGCUCGUUUGAGAGCGAAAGAUUUUCAUCCGCCUCUCAAUCAAUAGAUGAUGUAGAGGCUGAGAUGAGGAGGCUUAAACUGGAGUUGAAGCAGACUAUGGAAAUGUACAGUACAGCUUGCAAAGAAGCACUCACAGCAAAACAAAAGGCAACAGAGCUUCAACGUUGGAAGUUAGAAGAAGAGAGGAAACUAGAAGAGGCAAGACAUGCAGAGGAAGCAGCAUUAGCCAUUGCAGAGAAAGAGAAAGCAAAGUCGAAAGCGGCUAUGGAGGCAGCUGAAGCAGCUCAAAGGAUUGCUGAAUUAGAGGCUAAGAAGAGAGUCAACGCGGAAAUGAAAGCUCUAAAGGAGUCUGAGGAGAAAACAAAGGCCCUUACUGCUUUAGCAAACUCAGAUGUCAGGUAUAGGAAAUACUCCAUUGAAGAGAUUGAGCUUGCAACCGAGUUUUUCGCUGAGAAAUAUAAGAUUGGAGAAGGUGGUUAUGGACCUGUCUACAAAUGUUAUCUUGAUCAUACACCAGUGGCUGUUAAAGUUCUUCGUCCCGAUGCAGCUCAAGGAAGAUCUCAGUUUCAACAAGAGGUUGAGGUAUUGAGCUGCAUUAGGCAUCCUAACAUGGUUCUACUUCUUGGGGCUUGCCCGGAAUGCGGAUGUUUAGUCUAUGAGUUCAUGGCUAAUGGAAGCUUAGAAGAUCGUCUUUUCAGAUUAGGAAACAGCCCACCUCUCUCGUGGCAAAUGAGGUUCAGAAUCGCUGCUGAGAUAGGUACUGGACUGAUGUUCUUGCACCAGGCUAAACCUGAGCCUCUAGUUCACCGUGAUCUCAAACCAGGAAACAUCUUGCUAGACCGUAACUUCGUCAGCAAGAUUUCUGAUGUUGGUUUAGCCAGGCUAGUCCCUCCAUCGGUUGCAGACACGGUUACACAGUACCGAAUGACUUCAACCGCGGGCACGUUCUGUUACAUCGAUCCAGAGUAUCAGCAAACAGGAAUGUUGGGUGUGAAAUCCGACAUUUACUCACUCGGCAUUAUGUUUCUGCAGUUGAUAACAGCAAAACCACCAAUGGGUCUAACUCAUUAUGUUGAGAGAGCACUAGAGAAAGGAACUUUGGCUGAUUUACUCGAUCCAGCUGUUUCUGAUUGGCCAAUGGAAGACACAGAAGAGUUUGCUAAAUUAGCUCUUAAAUGUGCAGAGCUAAGGAGAAAAGACAGACCUGAUCUUGCUAAAGUUAUAUUGCCUGAGCUAAACAGAUUAAGAACACUUGCUGACGAAUCAUCACAUUCUAUAGUCAGUAAUAGCCCUGUACCAUCUCCAACUGUUAGCCAAAAUUCUUUGAAACUGGAACAUAUGAGUGGUGCUUCUAUCUCAGUGCCUCAGUAAGUUUUGUUUCCAAGAAAAAACUAAUAUACACACAAGAAGAGGCAAUUACAAGAUUCAGAUAUUACGUACAUAGACAACAAACUUGAAUCCUCAAUUUGCAUGCUCGUAGUAUAAGGAGAUGCAAUAGAGUGUCUUUCCCUUGUGGAGAAAGUGUUAAAAUUGUACAGAUCUUGCUUAUAAAUGUAACUUAAUAUC